GAAAUGACCAGAGGACCAAACAAAGUGAUUUUAUCCACAGAAGAUUUAGUGUUUGUUCUACGAAAGGACAUGGGCAAGGGAUCCAGGAUCAUGAAAUCCAGAGUAACCCUCUUAGACAAGGACAACGCCCCUGAUCUUAUCCGUGGUUCUGACCCAAACCGGUCUAUGGCCAGUAUCAACGAGUUGAGUGAUUACACAGAGACGGCUAGAUACAAUGGGGAUCUAGUUCACGUGAAAGAGUUGAACAUUAAGGGAUUUGAGAUGAGGAGCAAGCUGCUUACAUUUAUACGACUGUGUCGAGACUUACGUCACGAAAAUUUGAACCCCUAUGUCGGAUUUCUGGCCGACCCAAGCCGGCCAUCCAUUGUCAUGGAGUAUUGCAGUCGAGGGAGUCUUUACGACAUCAUCCACAAUGAAGAUUUCAAGCUGGACUGGGACUUCAAAUGUUCUUUGUUAACAGAUUUAGUCCGG